GCCUGCGCAGUUCAAUCUUUUACUGUUCCAGAUCAAGAACACAAGGACAAAUAGGGUGGUCUCAUAGAUCGAGGACCAGAAGUGAUGCAAAGCGGAAAGAAAUUUUGAGCUCCGUUCGUGUGUGAAUGAGGGAGGAACAGUGGUUGGUUGGUUCGCUGAACAAAAGACAAGAACAAUUAGGUCAGAUCAUUAUUGUAUUUGGUGUCAUUGUUGGCUUCUGGGAUUGAUUGAUGUGCGCCAAUGGCAAAGGCGAUGGGGAGCGAUGGAGGGGUAAAAGGGUUGUUCCUCUUCUUUAUAAAGCAACGAGGGGAGGCCGGUCGUAGCGGCAGGGUUCGCUUCUUCGUCUGUGUUCUUCCUCGAUCGCAAAAGGGAUGGAAAGCGAUGGAUCCGUAGAUGCGCCACUUGGUUGCUGUUUUGUGCUCGUAAAGGAAGGUUUUCCCUCGCGAGCUGGGAGUUUCCGCUAGGGUUUCGGGAGAUGAUGAGCAGAUCGUGGGUGGAUGUGCUUCCGAGUCUUUUCGUCGGCGAAGACGGCGGUGGUGCAAGCGGGAGCUGGACGCUGGAGGAGAACAAACUGUUCGAGGACGCCCUAGCUGAGUUCGACACCGACGUCCCGGACCGCUGGGAAAAGGUGGCGGCUUCGAUCCCCGGGAAGACCGUGGGCGAUGUGGUGAGCCAUUACCGGGAGUUGGUCGACGACGUGAGCGACAUCGAGGCCGGCCGCUUCCCCUGCCCUCCCUACUCCGGCGGGGCUUCGUCGUCGUUUACCUUGAAUUGGGAGAACAGUCACGAACCCUACUGCAAGCGAUCCGGCGUGAGAGGAUCCGACCACGAGAGGAAGAAAGGAGUUCCCUGGACCGAAGAGGAGCACAGGUUGUUUUUGCUUGGCCUAAAGAAGUACGGCAAAGGAGAUUGGAGGAACAUCUCGCGCAAUUUCGUGAUCACCAGGACUCCCACACAAGUGGCCAGCCACGCGCAAAAGUACUUCAUCAGGCUCAACUCUGGCAGCAAAGACAAGAGGAGGUCGAGCAUACACGACAUUACUACCGUAGAUUUGCCCGAUAACCCUAGAUUUCCCUCACCAUCAUCUCAGCCAUCUACUACCACAGCACCUACAUUGUCGAGCCAGUACUCUGCUGUUGUCGAUUCAGAUCAGAAUCAGCUCGGUGAAGUAGCCAGUUGUCCGUCGGGGAAUCAAUUUGUGCAGAAUCAGCUCGGAGCAGUUUCAUAUGGCAUGAAACUACAACACCAAAGUUCGCAGAAGAGAUAUUGUUGAGGAUGACAUCCUCUAACUAGAUGCCUUGCCGGUGCAGGGAUUCUCAACGAGUGAAUUCUUGGAAUUAACAAUCUGAAUUCUUGAGACCAAAU